ACUGAAAAUUUCUUGAAUGAAACUGGAUAAGAGACUAUGUAGGGGCUAAUAUAGAAGAUAAUUUUCAAUUUAUUUAGGUAUAUAAAGUGCAUCGCAGUAUGCCGGUGACAUCGGACGUGCCUGGACAAUUCGUAGAAAUUAUUAUAAUUUUCUCUAAGCGCUGCAUCAGCCGCCGCGCGGCCCAUACAUACUUUUAAAAUGUGCUCCUCUCCUGUGAAAUGCAUUCGGAUGACCGAUGAACUCGUAGCGAACCAGUUCCUGACGUUCCUCUACUUAUUCUUUUAUGAAUAAAAAAUAUGGUUUAUUCAAUUAAUUUAUUAUUAACUUACAUUGUCAUUUGUUUAUUUUUUUAUUAUACCGCAAAUAUACUCUGUGGUUCAUACCAUUCAAACUACUGUUAAAAAUACUGGAUACCCACAUAAAUCAAAAACAAAUUUUAAAGUUACCUUCAUCGUAGUAAUUAAUAUAGUAAUAUGAGCCUUCACGUACAACCAGGAAUACUUACGAAUACUUAUCGUGAAAUAAUUAUAAGGAUCUGCAAAAGUAACAAAUAAGUGAUAAUGGAUGGUACUGCUGUAAAAGUGAGCGAAAUAUUUCGUGAAGUGGGAAUUGCGUUCAGUACAUUAUCUGAGAUUACGAUUUUGUUACAACACACAGAAGAAUCUCCACCCGGAGGAAAAUGGACGGAGGAAGGAGUGGAAAUGCUUAGAGGCUGCAUUAAGCGGUUUGCAGAGGAAUUGAAUAAGAUAACUCACCAUAUAAAAACUCGAACCAUGUAUCAUCUAAGACGAUUACUUGAGAUGGACAGUGGAGUAAUCCGUGAUGUUAGCAGUUCUCCACCCGGAGCUCCUCCACCGCAGGUGCAGCAAGCACCAGAGCCCGCACCGCUGCCGGAGCCUCCCACACCGACACUGACCAUCAACCACUAUUUGUACGGAUUUGAUGAUAACAACACCGAGGAUGACUUGCUGCAGUCAUUUAAUCCAGGAAUAGUACCUCCUUUCCCACCAGAACAGAUUCUGCAACCAGAGAGGUCUGAACCCUCGCCUCUAUUUGAAUUUGAAGAUAUACAGCUCGAUCAGAUUAAUUUAGAUCGAAUAAAUCUGCUUGUGCCGGAUCUGUUGAAAGCCUUAGAUGACUUUGCAAUGCCAACUUCAGCUGAGCCUGAGCCAAAUCAAAACGUGCAUCCGCUUCCGCAGGAUAUUCGUCAUGAAACUCCUAUGGCUAACAUUGCCACGCAUUAUGCGGAACCUGCGGCCACCGAGAAUGGCAAAGAAGUAUCCGGUGCCUUCAGUAGCAUUCGUAAUGAAGCACAAAGCUCCCACAACGGCCCCGGUCAAUGUAAUUCAUUUCAUAUCAGCAUACGUCCGAACGAUAUAAAAUGGGAUUUGAAUAACACAGAAGCGAAAAUUGAAGCAGUGAAAACCUCACCGCCACCAAAUCGGCAGAUUACGUGGCUUAAACCUGGAGAAACAAGUGGCCAUCAGUCUUCCUACGCUGGCCAAAUUAAAAUAAAAGAAUUGCCUGAUCUAACAGGCCCAUCAGGUUCGAGUCGAAACGAUGAAAGACCAUUCAACAUUUUUAAAAAUCGGCAGGCUGAAACUACACCGUCUACCACUUUCAAAGCACCAGAAACCAAGGAAGAAAGCAAACCCAAGGAAACAUUCAACUUUUUUAAAUAUGCGCAAGCUAAACAACAAGAAGAACAAUCGAAUAUGUUUAAGUUUCCGCAUGAUUCUAAAGAUAUUGAUAAAAACAAGGAAGAAUCACCCAGCCGUAACAGAAAUGAAGACAACAAACCACGCCGCUUUUUCAAUUUUCGCCAGCCGGCAGAACCACGUACAAGUAGUGGUUUUGGGUCGCUUGGAAAUCCUAGUUCUCGGUGGAUGGACGAAGUUUCGGACGACGCUUCAACAGCUCAGACUUUUGAAAGGUCUCAUAGUCCACUUGAAAUCGACGUGAAAGCUACAUUCUUACCUAUUCGAGCUGACAAUAAGAUAGAACCUUUUAACAGGAACAAACAAGUUCAGCCGUUAGUUGCCCGUCGCUCUCGCAGGUUGAGCCAAACAACUCCGACAACUCCAACAACACUAACAACACCAACAACUUCAACAAUUCCAACAAGCGAACCGACUGGUCCCUAUGAUUUUCUUGUCCCUGCUGCCGAAAACAUUCCUGCGGCUGCGGCUGCUCGCAAGCAGGAACAAAAACCAAGGUCGCGUCGCAGAAAGGCUCCAGCUGCAAAGAGUGGAGAGGGAACUCCGGCUAAGCGAAGCCGAAAAAACUCUUCGGGUCCCUCCGGAAAAGCUUUAAAAAAUAAGAAAAUGCCAAAAAAGGAAUAAAGAGCCUAAGUCUGGUAUAGUUAUCGGCACGGAUAUUGAGCCCUGACCUUACCUGCGCAGAAGCGAUGCAUUGGUCUAUUGCCGAUCCCCACUCUUCCGCCGAGAGCUCAAUAUCCGUGUCGAUAACUGUAAUAAAUGUAACGAAAUAUUGUAUUAGUCUCUAUCGAUGCUCAAGGAUAGCAUUCAAAGUGAUGUGGUUGUGUAUAAUUGCCACUAGCCAUAAGCUGUGCUGGCAAGUGCAGAACCUUUGAGAUUUAAUCUUUUGUAUAGUUGUAAGAAAAUAUUUUACUUAUUCAGAGAGAAUGGACUUGAAUAUACUCAUGAUAUCCUAAAGGUUAUCAUGAAUACAAUCGUUUUAUUAGAAGAACCAAAAAUUUAGUUUUUGGCAUUUCUAUAUGUAUGUUAAAAAAAACUUAAACGUCUCAAUAAACUAGGCACAUUUUAGCAUGCAACAAUUUUGCAAAAUGCAAAGCUGUAUCCUAAUUAUACCACAAAUUCUAGAACAGUUAUGUACUAGGCAUGAGUGAAAAUCAAUUAAACAUCUUUAACCAUAGUACCUAGUAUGGUUACGUAGUAGUUUUUUCGAUUAUAUAGUUGUAAAUGUAAUUGCAAAUCUGUGUGUCGAAUUUUACUUAAAUACGUUUUACCUUGUAGUUCAAUAUUAAAUUAGGUUUCUCAGAUGAUCUUAAUGAAGCGAAAAACGCUAUACGAAUUUAUAUUAAGACAAUUCGCUGAGAAAAAAAAAACUCAUUCAGAUAAUUGUUAGCAAAAAGUCAAAACUACUUAACUAAUAAAAAGACUUAUGUUUGUACAUAUCCUAAAAAGAUCAAAACUGUCAUAGACUUUCAAUCUGUCAAAUUAUUUCCUUCCAUUUAUUCUAUUAUAUAUAGGAAAUGACAAUGAUAUAAAUGUAAUGUUUAGCGUCUCUGUAUUACAUAGAUUGUCUCGAGCAGAAAAUUAAAAAAAAAACAAUGUUAAUGUCAUGUAUUAUACUUUCCACGUGUUUAUUAGGUACUGAUCAAUUGUGCCAAAACGCCAGGUACGAAUCACUCACAUUUAGAUAUGGUUGAUCCAUUUUGUGUUAUUUCCAGUUUGAGUUAGACUCGCACAUCUAUGUAUGUAAAUACAUAAAUACAUCACGCUUGUCUACUUAAACUGUGAUAGUAACCUGUGGUAUUUCAAUAGCUAUUAUAAUAAAUACACGGAGGUUUGUGAGUCGUUUGUAUGGCCAUGGCCUAGCUUUUAAGUAUAAUGAUAGUUGUAGGUUUAUUACUGUAUCUAUGAACUUAUUCAAAGAUUCAGUGCUACAUAUAUGUGCGUUUUAAAAAAAAUAUAUGUAGGUAUUGCCGAUCUUGUAGAGACCCUUCCGUAUGAAAUGUAUUUCAACCCAAAGGAAUGGUAUAAAGAAGGCAGAACAAUAAAGAAACUACGACAUAACAACAUAACAAAAAACAACGAUAUGUAUGUGAUUUUGAGAAGAAAAAUAUUCGCGGCGAAUGUUUAGGCAGGGAACAAUGAAAACAAAAUAUUAUAUUUUGUAAAAAAAUACCACGAUUACACUUUUGAACGCGGUUCGCAGAUUUAGGAAGUGAUAGAGUAUUGAAUUAUGGUAAUGUUUUUAUGAUUAUUUUCGAAAUUGGAUUUCUAUUGGAAUUCUCAGUCUAAACUCAAAAUCAUGAUUUUUUGAAAAAUAUAACUCGUUUUUCGAAGCUAAAUAAUAUUGAUCGAUUACCAAAUCGUGGCUAAAAAAACAAUAUUAAGUUGCGUUUUCCGUUUCGCAGUUAAAACGAAGUUCUCCUUUCAAUCAUUAAUGUUAACAAUUGUUGCCGAAAUUAACCAUAAAACUUAUCUAUUUACUGAAUUUUCUAUCUUUAAAGAGUAUGCGGACCAUCGGUUAUAGUACUAAAUUAUAUUUAUUAGUAACGCGAUCUUGUGAUAAAGCUCUAAGAAGGGCAAUUAACUUGCGAGACUGACAGUAGUAGGAUUGGGGGCGGGGGGGUGUAAUUUCAGAACUGAAGUGUGAACGUUGAUCAAGUAAUUAAUUAAUCAAGUUUCAAUAUCUCCUAGGUUCAUUAAAACUGAUUAACUAAUUACUGUUCUAAGAAUUGGUUAACAUUUUUCAACACAUUGUACAUAAAUUCGAUAUCAAUCUUUAUUUUUCACGUCUUUGAAAAGUUCAAAGUAAGUCAAGGUUUAGGUCGUUUGUAUACGUGGCUUGUAAUGUAAAAACGGUUACAGGGGUUCAACAAGCCCAGCAGAAUUAUUGUAAUUGUAAUAAAUUAUUGCAUUGUCGUCCUUAUAUAUAAAAAGUCUGUCAAUUUUUAAUUUUAUGUCGUUUAAACAGGUUUAUAUUUUAAGACUAAUUUAUUAACUAAUGAAUGUCCUAAAAUUAUUUGAUAAAUAUUACAUAAUAGCUAUUACAAUGAUGACCUAGAUGUAAAUUAAUGUAUUCUUUAAACAUAUUGAUGUCAAUGAAUAUAAAUAAAAUGUCAAUAGGUACUAUGUAUUUAUCCCUACCUAUGUAGUAACUGCGGUUUCAAAAAUCUGGUUGUCUUUUCUUAUUGGACAAACGCAGGGUUCUUUCAAAACAUAUUCCUAAUGUAACCUAAUUGUAAAUAUAUUUCAAAAUUUUUCUUCUUAUUGUAACAAAAGAACGUGAAUGACCAAAUCUAUGUGGAAUUCCGUCUAAUGUUAUUGCACAAUAAAUGUUUAUUUAUUA